CCACAUUUCGCUUCAACACAGCCGCUUCUAAGCAUAUGCUUCACCUGCCCCAGUUCGACCCCAAGUAGUCCUCUCACUACUGCUCUUCUAGGUAUCUAUUUUGUGCCAGCAACAUGGAGGCCACACGCACACGCAAGCGAAAGGCAGGCGUGAGCUACGUCGACUCUGGCGACGACAACCCCAAAAUAAACUCCCAGUCACCCGAAAGGAGAUCGAAAAGAUUGAAAAAUGCCACGGAUGCUAAUCCUGCCGAGGACACAUCCCAGGAGCCCAGCAAAGAAAAGGCCAAGUGUGGCAGCGAUGCACCACCUGAGAAGCGCCUCCGCCGAUAUCGUGCACGAGCACCUGGCAGCUACCUCGAAGUGAAAAAUCGCGCACUCACACAACGUUUGACUGUACUGUCUCGAGAAAGAUGUGGUACCGCUGAGUUGCCAGGCGAAAAGGUGGUGAUUGCUGGCUCGACAGGCAAUGUCUACACUGUAAAUGUAGGCCUGACACCUAGCUGCGAUUGUCCACACGCACGGAAAGGGAAUCAAUGCAAACAUAUCGUCUACGUCAUGCUCCGAGUGCUCAAGACACGAGAAGAUGUCGCGUAUCAACUCGCACUGACUGGUACCGAACUGCGCGAGUUAAUCAAGCAUGCGCCACUCAUACCUGGUGUCGAAACAGAUGGCAACGACAAGCCUGGUGAAGAGCGAGAUGGUAAUCGUAAACCCAUCGAAGGCGAGUGCCCUAUCUGCUACGAUGCGCUCGAUUCAGAGAAAGACGAUAUUGUCUAUUGCAAGGCCAGCUGUGGCAACAACGUUCACAAAACUUGCAUGCAGUCUUGGAUUCAGGUUGCUACGAGAGGCAAGGCAACAUGUCCAUACUGUCGAGCAACAUGGGACACAGAUGAAGUUCUCAACGGUAUCUCGGGAAGCAUCGAUACAAAGGGUUUACAGAGAACCGGAGAAGGAUAUUUCAAUAUUGCUAGCCAACUGGGCCUGAGCGGCGAGAGAGAUUAUUCGACCUACCAUCAAUUCUGGGUGCGGCGUCAAUUGGGCCACAGGUGGUGAGACACUUCUUUGAUCCUUCUCAUUGUUCGGAGCUUAUCUGUUUUGACCUCGGUGAGAUUCCGAGUGAAUCGGACCGCUCAAAGUGGCUGUGUGCAAGUUUUUACGAGGAUCAAUCUCGUCCUACAGAACUGGGUGAUGACCAAAGGCUGGAUUACUAGCAUCAGGGCAGAUACGGCUCUCUACUCAAACGCAUGAGUCUGUCAGCGCAUCUACAUUCACUUUUCGAAGAGGUUACGCUCUUUGCCUCGUGCAAGUCAUUGGGCUGCAGCGAUGUACUACAUAUUCUGUUCAGCUGCUUGUUAAUCAUUCAAUCUCUUCACAACCAAUGUGCCUUUUUAGUCGUAU